CUUGUGUGAAGCUGCUGACACAGGUUAUUAUUCAGCGUCAAUAUGAUGAAGGUCGUAUGUCUCUGCUUUUUCCUGGGAUACGCUGCCGCUCAGUACGCUCCGACUCAUGGAUACCCAGCUCCGGCACAUGGAUACCCCGCUCCAGUACAUGGAAAAGCAGGCUACGCACCUGAACCCUAUUAUAAACCGUUUCCCUACAAUUUUGGUUACGAGAUCGAGAAUGAUUAUGGUGACCGGCAGUGGCAACGAGAACAGGGAGAUGAAUAUGGAAACAAGCAAGGUUCCUAUGGUUACGUUGAUGCUUAUGGUAUCAACCGUCAGGUGGAAUACGUAGCUGAUGAAUAUGGCUUCCGUGCUAAUAUAAAAACCAACGAACCUGGCACCCAUAGCCAAAACCCAGCUCAUGUCAGUGUUUACUCGGAUCCUGUUCCUGUGAAACAUAACGUUCCUGCUAAUGGUCACGGACAUCCUGCACCAUAUGGUGUUGCCCCUGGUUAUGGUCCUGCCGUUCCACAGGUUCACGGAUAUGCGCCAGUAGAGGCUCGCCAUCCUGGCCAUUAUUAACACUUUAGCACUUAAUAAAAAUAUCACGUGUGUCCGCUUGGAGGAACUAGAGUAGCAACUGAGAGAAAUAUGACGUUUCAAGUUGCUGUGUUAAGUCUGCAAUUUUUUUCCCCUAAGAAAAUAGGCAAGUGUUAUAUGCUGCUCAGUAUAUGAGCAAGUGUUAUAUGUUGUGUUUUUGUACAUUGAUUUCCACGAUUCUAGUGCAACGCGUUCUGAAUCAGUUUUUUGUUACACAUUAUUUAUGUAUUUUAGUUUUACAA